AUGCGCGAUGCCUCCCAGGUGUUCAUCUCCAACUCCGGCACGGAAGCCAACGAGGCUGCCAUUAAAUUUGCUCGCAAAGUCGGCCGCUCCCUCGACCCGUCGGGCGCGAAGCACGAAGUUGUUUCCUUCCACAACUCUUUCCACGGUCGCACGAUGGGCGCUCUGUCCGCCACGCCCAACCCCAAGUACCAGACUCCGUUCUCGCCCAUGCUGCCGGGUUUCAAGUACGGAAACUACAAUGAUGUCGAGCAGCUGCAGACCCUCAUCACGGACAAGACGUGCGGUGUGAUUGUUGAACCUAUUCAGGGCGAGGGUGGUGUGAACGUUGCUACCCCGGAGUUCCUCGUGGCGCUGCGCAAGCGCUGCGACGAAGUCGGAGCUGUCCUGGUCUUUGACGAGAUUCAGUGUGGUCUCUCCCGUACCGGUACUUUCUGGGCCCACGCUCAUCCCUCUCUUGCGCCUGCCUCUGGCGAGGCUGCGCACCCCGACAUCCUGACCUCUGCCAAGGCCCUCGGCAACGGUAUUCCCAUCGGCGCGACCAUCGUCUCCGGAAAGACGGUUGCGGAGCACAUCAAGGCCGGUGAUCACGGAACGACCUUCGGUGGCAACCCUUUGGUCUGCCGCGUUGCGCAUCACAUCGUUGAGCGUCUGGGCUCGUCGGAGCUGCAGAACUCGGUGGAGGUGAAGUCGGCCCAGCUGGUGUCCGGUCUGGAGGCCCUCCAGAAGAAGAACCCCGGUGUUAUCUCGCAGAUCCGAGGCCGCGGUCUGAUUCUCGGCGUUCAGCUUUCUCCUGAGUACACGGCCAAGGCGUCCGAACUGAUCACUGCCGCGCGGGAACGGGGCAUGCUGAUCAUUACCGCUGGUGAUGGCUGUCUCCGAUUUGUUCCUCCUUUGACUAUCACCGAGGAUCAGAUCAAGACUGCCCUGAAGAUUUUGGAACAGUCCUUCGAUGCUGUCGUUAAGGCGUAG